AUGGGGGGCGCCGCCCUCCUGCUCCUGCUCGCGGUGACCGCGGCCCCGAGGGAGACCCGGGCGGGCCCCCACUCCCUGAGGACUUUCCACACCGCGAUGUCCCGGCCCGGCCUCGGGGAGCCCCGGUACAUCGUCGUGGGCUACGUGGACGACACGCAGUACGGGUGGUUCGACAGCGACUCUCCGGGCCAGAGCGCUGAGCCGCGGGCGCCCUGGGCGGAGCAGACGGGGCAGGAGGAGUGGGACUGGAGGACUAAGAUCCUAAGGCAGAACAUAGUGUGGUUCCGAGCGCACCUGGACUCCCUGCGCGGCCUCUACAACCAGAGCGAGACCAGCUCUCACACCUUCCAGAGGAUGUCUGGCUGCGACGUGGGCCCCGACAGGCAUCUCCUCCGCGCAUACAGACAGUUCGCCUACGAUGGCGCCGAUUACCUGGCCCUGAAUGAGGACCUGCGCUCCUGGACCGCGGUGGACACGGCCGCUCAGAUCACCCGGCGCGAGUGGGAGGCCCAGGGUGAGGCAGAGAAAUUCAGGAACUUUGAGAAGGGCAAGUACUUGAGGUGGCUGCUCAGAUUCCUGGAGUACGGGAAGGAGACUCUGCAGCGCACAGAUCCCCCAAGGACACACGUGACCCACCACCCAACCUCUGAGUAUGAGGUCACCCUGAGGUGCUGGGCCCUGGGCUUCUACCCAGCGGACAUCACCCUGACCUGGCAGCGAGAUGGGGAGGACCUGACCCAGGAGAUGGAGCUGGUGGAGACCAGGCCUGGGGGAAAUGGAACCUUCCAGAAGUGGGCGGCUGUGGUGGUGCCUUCUGGAGAGGAGCAGAGAUACACGUGCCACGUGCAGCAUGAGGGGCUGCUGGAGCCCCAAGUCCUGAGAUGGGUGCCCCCUCCUCAGUCCUCCAUCCCCACCGCGGGCAUCAUUGCUGGCCUGGUUCUCCUUGGAGCUGUGCUCACUGGAGCUGCGGUGGCUGCAGCAGUGAUGUGGAGGAAGAAGCACUCAGGAUUAAAAGAUUCCUUUAGGUCUUCUGACCUGACUGCUCCCUGGUCUCACAUGACGUUUCUUCCCACAGGAGGACAAGGAGGAAGCUACACUCAGGCUGCAGGCAGCGACAGUGCCUAGGGCUUUGAUGUGUCUCUCAGCCCCUAAGGAUCUUUUACAAUGAACCUGAUGAGGAUCCUGUUGUGCACACCCUGGACAGCAGUGGGAUGGUGUCACUGUUGUUCUUAACUGUGAUAUUGAGCAUUUGUUCAUAUUUUUAUUUUUCUAUGUCUACAUAAGUUGCUAUGUCUAUAAAUAAUAUUAAAUAAAAUAUAAAUAAAAAGAUUUAUUUAUUCAGGCAUAAGAACUGGGGUACAGGCCAUAUGCAUGGGAGGUGAUAAGAUUCACUAGAGACAGAGCGGAGAACAGAACAGGCAGACUGAUGAAAUAUACUGCUGAGGGGAGCAGCGGGUGAGACAGGAGAGGUCUGCCGCGCCGUGUGGGAUUCUCGCCCACCAGCCGGGAUGGAACCUGCACUGCAGAGGCUGUGGACAGCUUCACAGUGCUGCGCUCAACCACCAGCGCCACCAGGGGAGGCCUGGAAGUCAAUUUUUUUUUUUUUUUGCUAUAUUUAUAACACUGUUUUUGUCCUUAUUAAAAUUGGGUUAUUUCUUGCUGAUCAUUGAAUUUUAAACAUUAUUUGUAAAUUCUUGAUACUGUCCUUUAUCAGUUUCGUGAUAUGCAAAUGUUUUCCC